AUGGCGCCCCCUGCUGAAGAUUAUUACUGCCGCCAGUUCAAGCCCAACUCCUUUGACCCCUCACGCUGCAGCUCCUGUCUGCGACCAGAUCACAUGCACCUGAGCUGCCCCACUGCAGCUACUACGCAACAGGAAGAUCAACAGGAGUGGGAUGCAGAUGACGAUUAUCGCACCCCGUCUGAGGUGACCACAAGUGCCAGUAGUGAUGACGUCAGUGGCAGUUGGACCUACGAGUGGAGUCUGGUACACCGCCUGAGUCCUGAGUGGGAACUUAAUAUCGGUGACACUGACAUACAAUCCAGCUCUCCAAAUCAGUCGGACUGUUCAGAAAGGGGCAGAUCCCUCAGCUCAGACUGUGUGGCCCAAAGAGAAAUGACACGACUGGACCCCUCUCCUCCCCAAGGCACUGAAAGCUCCUGGAUGGAUGAAAGAAGGGGAAGAGACAGGUCUCGCCGGCCGUCAGAGUCCAGAGGAGACAGGGGUCAGGAGAGCGGCUACUUCUCUCCAGACAGAAGAGGUGACGGUGAGCGGCAGGCGGAGGAGGUCAACAAACGUCCACAUCGUUACUACGAGAGAGGACAUCCCCUCCCAAGCAACUAUGUUCUUGAGCCCAAAGCCUGCGUCCCCUACAGGAACGUCAGCCUCGGAUUGCCCUCCCAGAGAAGAAACCCAGAGACGUACAUGCAGGAAACUUGGAGAAGUGAAUCCCCUCAGAGGUACACAUAUCACUCUAACUUUAGACGAGGAGCUAACUCAGAGAGAAAUUCUCCAACCCGUCACAGCUCUGUGAGUCCUAACCGCUACAAGAUGACUGACACACCUGCAGGACCUCGGAGAGGAAGCUCCCUCUCUAGGAGUCAGGCUCAGUCUCAUGCCUCAUCUCAUGGUUCCUCUCAGCUUCUAUCACAUGGCCCUUCUCGCCAUACAUCAGGCAGGUCCAGUCCGUCUCGCAGGUGGGGGUCCGUCACUUCUCGCACCGGCUCCCCCUCUAGGGCCACCCCUUCACAUAGACGCACAGACUCUUUACUUUUACAGAAUGGUGAUUAUGAUGCUCAAAAGGGAUGCAGCCGAGAGUCAAGGAGUCCAUCACAAGCUUCAAACAAGCACAGUUUGGACUCUGAGAAGUUGUAUAGAAAUCUGGAGUCUAUCUCCCGCCGUGGUUCCUCAGCUGUUCAGCAAAACUCACAUGAAGGAUCUCAAGCAUCACUGCGAACCAGAACAUCUGUCAACAGCUUGGCCAACACUCAAACUCGCAGCAGCCGUGAAGUAUCCCCAUCCAGGAACGGCUACAGCACCCCCAGCCACACCCCACAGAAGGAGCCCUACUCCAGAGACAGUAGACUGAGUCCUUGCCAAGGCUCCUGGCAGGGGUCCGCUCACUCUUUGCUCAGCCUCCCAGCUUCACCUGGUUCCCCUUCAUUGAGGCGGGUUGCAAACUCUCAGCUCCUUGGCGGAUCUCUGUCACAUGCUGCAAUCACAGAAACUGAUAAGGGCAGUGAGGAGAACAAUAUGGUCAGCAGUGACAGAAGCAGGAGCAACAUAAGGCGAGGCAUGGAGGCCCUGCUGAUCCCUGAAUCCAAAAAGGCUGCAGUAGAGGUUGAGGAGGUGAUGAUGACCAUGGAGGACUACAUAAUGCUGGCUGACAUCCCGACAAUCCAGCUGGAGUCAGAAGAAGAGUUUCCAGGACUGAGGCGAAGGAACCAGAGUCCCAGUCCAUGCAGGGAUCAGAGACUCAGGACAAACAGGUAUCAAGAUGAAACUGACAUCUACAGUUCAAGACUUGAGCCAGACGACAGGGGGAGACACAGAGAAAGAGGAAGAGACAGACGAGAGAAAUGUCGGGACUCUGAGAACGGAAGAUUAUCUCGAAGACAGUCAACAUCAUCUCUUCAUGCACAGACCUCAGCUAACCAAAGUGAGAAACACAGAUCUUCCAGGAUAAAGGAGCGAGUUCCUCUUGAACGCCCGCAGACUCAGGGAUGGAUUUCCAGACUGGAUGAACAUGGCAAGUGGAGGAAACACUGGUUUGUUCUGAGUGAUACUUGGCUGAGGUUCUACAGAGACUCAGAGGCUGAGGAGUCUGAUGAUGUGGAUGGAGAGAUCGACCUGACGUCCUGUGUGAAUGUGUCAGAGUGUGACGUUGAGAAGAACUAUGGACUCCAAAUACAAACAAAAAGAGCAGUGUUCACUCUCUCUGCUAUGACGUCCAGAAUUCGGCGGAACUGGGUAAAGUUACUAAAGGAGGCGAUCCAGAACAACCCACACCAAUCAGACAGCGGCAGUGAGAAAGAGAACCCCCUCUCCCAGAGACCGUCGUCAUGCCAACCCCCUGCUCGGUUCACCUGUAAGGAUUCUGGCUAUGAACCUGCCACAUCCAUCUCUACCACCACCACAGCUGCAAACCAGGCCGAGCGUCGCCACCAAACAGCCGACGGAGAUCCGGGUGUAGACUUAUCUCCAGCCAGUCAUAGAGGAGAAGGGGAGGGCUGGGACCGUGAGCAGGCAAAGCGACUGGAGGAAAGGAACAAGUGGUUUGAGAAGGACAUCCUAUUUAGUGAGAUGGGCAGCAGGUGGGACUCCAUGGAGCUGAAAAAGGGGAGUGUACCCGUGCCUGUUAUUGAAACCAUGGACUUUGAGGUCAACAGAAAGUGGACAGAAUUUGAGACGAUGUCAUUCAGGGACAUGAGCGCGCAGUCUCUCAUUGGAGCCCAGGUUUAUCAGUCAAGUACCCAGCAGGUGUCAGAGUCUCCAGUUAGUCCCCAGACUUUUCACUCAAGCCCCGAAGAGGCCGACCAUGCUGUCACCGGUUCACGCACCAGUAUAGUGAGCUCAAAGGAGGCUCCUCCAUCCAUAAAUAGUGCCUAUACCAUUCAAACUAAUACAGCUGAGGCUCUUCAAAAGGAGGCCGUCUCUCUCCGAAAGCAGGUGGAAAGCAUUAAGAGGGAGCGUGCAGCCAUGGGCAUAGAGGUGGACAGUCCCUGUGGCCCCGGGGCCCCCUGUAGGGCCAAACUAGAAGCCAUGGAAGUGGCCCAUAGGAAAGCACUGCAGGAGCUGCAGGAAAAACAUGCGAGGGAGGUGAAGGAGCUGCAGGAGGAGAGAGACAGGAUGGUGCAGGAGGAGAGCCAGGCAGCUGCUAAAGCUAUGGAGGCACUGAGAGCAGCUCACAGAGGGGAGCUGGAGAGACAGCUGGAGAAGGCCACGAGGUCGUCUGGAGGAGCAGCACACGUGGAUUCUUCAUAUAGAGGACACAUGCCCCAGGCGGACGUCUUGCACAGUGAGUUAGAUAUGCUGUCAGAUCGCUACUCUCAGAAGUGCCUGGAGCUGAGUCACACCGAGCAGAGCAGCAAGAGCCAAGAGACUGAGCUCAGCCGCAAGGAGAAAGAGCUGGAGCAGCUCCGAAGAGAGAACAAGGAGCUUAAGGCCAAGCUGGCGGAAGAGAUCAGUCGUAUGCGUUAUUUCAUCACAGGUCAGAGGUCGGAUGUGGUAUCCUGUAGCAACACGGAGUGCACUGCUUCAGAACUAGAGACACUGCUAAGAGCAAAAGAAAAUGAGGUACAAUAUCUUAAAAAAGAAAUCAGCUGUCUACAGAAUGAAGUGCAAUCUCUUACUAAGGAGAAAGACGCAGCUUACGAGCGUUAUAAAGAGGCCUAUGUAGAGCUGAGUGACACGAGGGGUCGUAGCCAGUUGGAGAUGGGUUCCCUCAACGAACAUUUAAGACUGGCCAACGCUGCACUUCAGGAGGGAGCACGACACACCUGACCAAUGAAGACAACCCUUUGAAAGUUACUUGAAACAACAAACACCAAGCAAGCCAAUAUCAAAAAACUGCUAAAUAAAACACCAUUAUUACUUUACAAUAAUAAUAAUAAUAUGUGUUGUCGUGACUGGAUAUGUCUUGGAAGAGUCAGUAUAAAAACUAUGGCAACUAUUGACUGUUAAGAUUAAAAAACAACAAGUGUUUUCCACAUGUAA